GGUGCAGUUCCGUGUGAGCGUUAGAGUUUGUUUACGUCGCUCUCGCAUCCAGUGGCUGGCCUCCCUCGUUCCGACUUCAAGAUGGGGAAGUCCUUCGCCAACUUCAUGUGCAAAAAGGACUUCCACCCCGCCUCCAAAUCCAACAUCAAGAAGGUAUGGAUGGCAGAACAGAAAAUAUCCUAUGAUAAAAAGAAGCAAGAAGAAUUAAUGCAACAGUACCUUAAAGAACAAGAAUCAUAUGAUAACAGAUUGCUUAUGGGAGAUGAACGUGUAAAGAAUGGCCUUAAUUUCAUGUAUGAGGCUCCACCAGGAGCUAAAAAAGAAAACAAAGAGAAAGAAGAGACAGAAGGAGAGACAGAAUACAAAUUUGAAUGGCAGAAAGGAGCACCACGAGAAAAGUAUGCCAAAGAUGACAUGAACAUCAGAGAUCAGCCCUUUGGUAUUCAGGUUCGAAAUGUGAGGUGCAUUAAAUGCCACAAGUGGGGUCAUGUCAACACAGAUCGAGAGUGCCCUCUGUUUGGUCUCUCUGGAAUCAAUGCAAGUUCAGUUCCUACUGAUGGCUCAGGGCCAUCAAUGCACCCCUCCGAGCUAAUAGCUGAGAUGAGAAACAGUGGGUUUGCACUGAAAAGAAAUGUACUGGGGAGAAACUUGACCGCAAAUGAUCCAUCACAGGAAUAUGUUGCAAGUGAGGGUGAAGAAGAUCCAGAAGUGGAAUUCUUAAAGUCACUAACAACUAAACAAAAACAGAAACUUCUCAGAAAAUUGGAUAGACUUGAAAAGAAAAAGAAGAAGAAGAAGAAGGAUAGAAAAAAGAAAAAGUUACAGAAAAGCAGAAGUAAGCACAAAAAACAUAAAAAUAAAUUAUCCUCCUGUUCCUCCUCCUCUUCCUCUACUGAGAUGUCUGAAAGCAGCAGCGAGAGUGACAGCAAAGAAAAGCAAAUAGAAAAGAAGAAAAAAAAGAAAAACAAGUGUACAGGAAAAAGCACCAAUGACUCUGAAGAGGACAAAUCUAAGAAGAGAAAACUUUAUGAAGAACUUUCUAGCAGUCAUAACAAAGAAAGGAGCAAGGAAAAACCUAGGUUUUUAAAACAAGAGAGUUCUGGGGAGAAUAGCAAAUGGAGCCAUUACGAUUCUGACAAAAAGUCCAGAAGCCUGCAUCGCAGUCCAGAGAAGAGAGGAUCUGAAAGAAAUGGGGGGAGCAUCAGAAGCCACAGCAAGGAUGAGAGAAGGUGGAGAAGGAGCCGCAGCAGAAGUCCCGGUGGUUGUAAGGACAGGGAGGCAAGGAGCCAGCGAUAGCCAAGUUUCAGUGAAGAGCAGAAGAAAGCCAUGGCACAGAUGUGUGUAGAGAAAAAACUCACAGCACACUGAAGUGACAGACAGUACAGAGACGUGACAAUUUUCUGAGAGUAAAAAUAGCUCUGUUUUCUUAUUAAAUAUCUGUAACAAAGGCUGAAGUAUGGACUAUUAUAUUUGUCAUUUUUUUAAAGCCCUUAAUUUUUCAUCUGUGCAAACUGUCAUUUCAAGUACAAAAAUUAUAUGAGUACCACAGGAUGAAUUUGGCAAAUAUUCGAAGUAGUCUGUGGGCUUUAGAAAUAUUUUCUGUUGGUAACUGUUUCUUGUGACCUGUACUAGAUUUUUUAAAAAUCCAUACAACUCUGUGACAAUUUCUUCAUUCUAAAACAUUAAAAGAGUGACAACAUAUUGAAUAGUUAAAAAUUUCUUCUUUAUUAUGUUUAUAUUUAUUGGUUUUAAGACUUAAAUUUUCUUUAAGCAAAGUAUAAUAGUUGAAAUUCACUAGCGUGAAUUCAACAAUGGAUCUGAAUUGAUAAUCUUUUGAAGCCUUUUAAACUCAGGUGUCUUCACUGAAUUAACUAUUCUGCUAGUUUUCUAUGCUGCCAUACAAAAGCUGUUCUGGAGAUCAGCUUUCUGCUAGGCUAAAAUAGAGGUUCAUCGUGGAAACUAGGGAAGUUUUUACUUGUUUGCCUAUUCCAGAUUCUAGAUAACUGUCCACGUUCCUUGGCUCCUAGCUCCUUUCCUCCAUUUGAUUGGAAGCUGACCCAGAAGGAGUCACUUUCUCACUUUUAGUCAUCCUGACACUGAUUCUGCAUUCCUCUCCUACUGGUUAAGGAUCUUUGAGAUUACUUUAGGCUCUCCUGAGGAAUACAAGAUAAUCUUCCGAUAUUAAGGUCAGCUGAUAAGCAACCUUCCUUGUCCUUUUUCAUACAUUGUAACUGUAUUCACAGGUUCCAGGGCUUGAAGAUUUAUAUAUCUUUAAGGAUCUAUUUUUCUAUCUUCCACACAUCCUUUCUACUGCUACUAUGAAAUUUUAUUUUUAAAAGGAUUAAACAUCUAUAGAAUGAGACAAAUGAAAUGUAAAUGACAUAUUUCUGAAUAUAUAAAGCAUAUUUAAUAUUCAGUUACAGAUUUUCCCAUGUAUUGCAAAAGGAUGUACUGAAGGAAAACUACAGGAACAAAAGAAUUAGUAUAAAUGGAAAGUGCCAUUCAGUUUCACAUUUCACAUGGUAUUUUUAUUAGGGUUCUUUUUAAAAAUGUUAUUUAGUAGACAAUUAUUAGAUGGCUUUGAUAGUUGGUAGUCUCAGUCUCUUGAAUUCUGUAAAAUAGUAAGUGCAAGAUUAAAAUAAAACCACUCCAUGUAGUCUAAUCUUUGUCUUUGUUUUGUCUCUCUAUGCAUAAAACAAUUGUCUGAUAAUUUAAAAGAAGCUACAUUAAAGGUAUAAAGAACUCUUGAUUUUAUAGACUACGAGGCAGAGUGGGAGAACUUGAAUUCCAUCUACAGUAUUCUUUAAUAACUUAGUGCACCGCAAAGAUCCCAUUCCAUUCUGUUUUUUAAAAAAAAGCCUGCAUUUGCAAUUGAUAAAGACUGCUAAUUUACACCUUGAGUUCAUCAGUGUUGCAGUGAUUAUUUUCUACCUUCCACCUUUUUAGACUUUAUAAUUUUUGUAAUGUCAAAACCUAUGCAAUACUUAACUGCCUUAAAAAGGGUUUCUGAACCAAUGUAGUGUUCAUGAAGAAAAAUGUUGAAAUAUAUCCUGUAAUUAAGAAUGAAUUAAAUAUAUUAUCAUUU